AUGUAUUUAAUACAAUGGAAAGGCUACACAAAAGCCACUUGGGAACCAGUUGAAAAUCUUGAUGGAUGUAAAGAAGCAUUAAAAAGAUUUCAUAAACUUGCUAAAGAUACAGAUAUUGAUUUUUCAUCCAAAAUUGGCAAAGGAAGGAAACAAAGACCGAGAUCUGAUGAAUUGCAAAAUCGAUUAAAGACUUGUUAUGCAGAUGGUAGAAGAACAGAUUUAGAUUUGUAUCAAAAAAUUUGGAUAAAAAGAAAUUAUCCUGGGAAAAAUGAACGUACAGAACCAAGGAUUGAAACCGUUACAAAAUUAGAAAGUUUAAUGGAUAAUAGUAAAGUAUCUAAUGAAAACAAAAUAAUAAUAAAGGGAACAAUUGAACAUUUAGAUGGGCUUUUAUUAUUAUCAUCCAUAAAAAAUCAAAAUGAUAAAACCAAAGGUAAGAAAGCAGCUAAAGUUGUAGCUAAUAAUAUUACAAAAGUAGUAGCAGUAGAAAAAGAUCAAGUUGAUAAGAAAGUAGAUGAAUUAGAAAUAUCAACAACGAAUGAUUUAACGGCCAAUAAUGGUCCGGCAACUGAUGUUGCUACAAGUAGUGAUCAAAUUAAUGGAUCAGUAGAGAUAAUUAAUAGUGAUGAAGAUUCAGAUGAUGACAAAGAUCGUGACAAAAAUGGCCAAGCAACUGUUCACCCUGAAUUGUAUGAAAAUUUUGGUAAAAUAUUCGAAUCAACCAAACACUAUGCGUAUAAAAUCAUGAGUUUGUACAAGAAAGAAAUAGAAGAACAUAUAAUUAAAGAGUAUGAGCCUAAUUUGAUUUGGUUAGAUGAACAUAAAGGUGAUAGUUUAUUAUAUUAUAAGAUUAAAUUAACUAUCACCUGGAAAUUAAAUUCUGAAAAUAUUUUAGCAAAUAGUUUUAAAAAAGUAGAAGAAAUAACAAUAAUAUAG